AUGAGGAGAAUCAAGUGCUCCAUUUGUUCACCAUCUUCAUAUUUAUUUAAUGCUGAAAAGGGACGUGUCAUGUUAUGUGACAAUUUUUGUUUUGAGGUUGUUAAAGCUUGUCAAAGUGAAAAGGCCUUAUUCAAUGAUGGAACACCAGUUUUUCCAGAAGAUGAAGCACCAGAGUAUUUGUGUGGAUCACAAACGGAAUAUUCAAUUGGAGAUUAUGUCAAGAGCUCAAUUUCUGUACUGAGCAGUGUAUUAAAUAGAGGAAGCAGUGAAUCGGCAGCAAAUAAUGGAAAUGUGACCAUACCUACUAUCAAAAUUGAUGGUUCCAUCUAUUCAUUAACAACUAAUUGUGAGAAUGAUUUAUACAAAUUGCAACAUUGUUUUCCAGGUACAAGUAGCUCUGUAGAUGCUGCAUUCAUCACUUCUAUUUUGGUUUAUGUUUGGGUCAUUGGCGUUUUAGUGAGCUCUAUUAUUUCAUGCUGUGUUUUCUUUUCCAAGUGGAAAAGGAGAAGCUAUCAACAAAUUAUGUAA